GAUUCGGAAUGGGUAUAGGGUAUAUAGGUAUGGGUAUGGGUAUGGGUAUAAAUCGGGGGGCAUGGGAAUCGUUCGUUGCCGGCUCGCAAAAUGAAAUUGUAAUCGCGCCGCCAAAUGGAAACCGCCUUGAGUUCCCCAAGCGUCUCGUAAACAUUCUAUAGUGUAAACUAUAGUAAACUAUACUAUAGUUACGACUCGGGUUCGAUGGGCCCAUAAAAACCCUCGACUCGAGUUAUGUUUAAUUAAAAGCUGUAGAUUGGCCAUGAAGGUCGUGGACUUCUCUAAGCAAAUAGAACUGCGAAUGGAAAUAAUAAAAUGCGAACUCGACGAAUAAAAAGGUAAUUUAGAAUAAUAUUAAUAGAAUAUUUUUUUACCUCAAGUAAAAUAUAAUUAAUAAAUAAAGAAACUCUUUUUAUAAAAAUAUAAUUCGGACCUAACUUAAAAUUACAGAUAAUGAACAGGAAACCCAUUCAAAUAGGCCCAUUCAAGAAUCGAUUAAGGUUAGCGAUUUUGCUGUUAAUUAUUAAUUAGAAUGUACAAGUUUAGCUGCCAGUUUACUUCACCAAAAACUGGUUUUUUCAGGAAACAGGUAUUGCCAGUGUACACCAAUCCAUUAAAUAGAAACCCCAGGAAAAUCUUUUUGAUUACGAUUCAUAACACAUACCAUAUUUCACACAUAAUAUAUAAAAUUAUAGUCAUAAACAGAAUACAAAUUGUGAACAAAGUUGUAUGCAGUUGCGAAAUUGUCAUUUAUAAUUUAUGAAAGAUGUUGUGGUCAAGGAAAUUCAGCAUUGUAUUUCUGCUCCUAUUUCUUUCUUCAAAUUCUUUGGAAUGGUUGAAAAUUGGAAACCUAAUGUCGAGUAGGCGUUGUCCUUAACCUCUCUACCAUUGUCAAGAUUCCCUCAUUUUGGGCUCCAGUAUUAUUCUCCACUCCGACCGGAACGCACACCAAAUAGUAAAUCGCUCCACUCUCGCUUCCGUAUCAAGUUUUCGUAUUCAUUUUCUUUUUAUGUGAAAAACAAAAUACAAAACAAUUUCUAUUUUUGGCACCGAGAAUCAGGUUUAAUCGCUCGGAAGUUUUUAUACUGAUAUCCACACAACAAAAAAGAGAAACAAUAUGUCCUUGCUUCGGCGUUCUCAUGGCGGCGGUCGCGACUUUCUGCAGGAGAACAAAAUGAAUGUCUCCCGAAUGGAGACCAAUAACCGGUGCUUAGCGGCUGCCAAUGCUCGUCGGGUUCCCCUGUGGCGUCCAGUGGUGCUCCACUAUUCGGAGAAGCGCCGUCCCCAUUUUCACAACAACAACCAGCGUCGUCCGCGUCCGGUUAACUUGCACAGCGAAUCGAAUGAUAUGCGAAGUGGUCUGGCCCAACCAUACGGUUUCCAGACAAAUCAACGCCGCCGAAUGCCACCAAGUGCUUGCGGUUGUGACUUGACCAAAGGUCAGGAGGUGCGAAAGGAGCAGGAGCGCUUGCAGGGCGGUUGGCAGGAUCAGCCGAAGGAGAAGCCAGCGAAGAAGUGCUGCCACGGCUGCCACUGUCAUCAGAAUCAACAGAGCUAUCCAAUUUCCCCUCAUCAGGGUCACCAAAACGCAGCAGUAUCUCCCCAUCAGGGUUACCAAAACGGAGCAGUUUCCCCCCAUCAGGGUUACCAAUCGGAAGCGAAGGAUAAACCAAUUUCCCCUCAUCAGGACUAUCACAACGGAACAGUUUCCCCUCAUCAGGAUCACCAAAUGGAAGGAAUGAAUAACAAAAACGUAGCCGAGGCAAUUCCUUCCAAACGGUACACAAGUUCCAAUCACCAAAACGGAUUGGUUUCAUCUCAUCAGGGUCGCCAAAGCGGUGGAGUUUCCCCUCAUCAGGGUCACCAAAACGGUGCAGUUUCUCCCCAUCAGGGUCACCAAUCAGAAGCGAAGGUUAACCCAAACGAACCCGAUGCAAUCGCGUCCAAACGCAGCAGAGCUGAUCAGCUGGAUAGCAUCUCCAUAUGUUCCCGGAUGUCGCGAGCUUCACUGCGCUCCCAGAGGAACCCAACUGAAAGCCAGGAGAACAAGGAUCCCGAGGCUCCCUUGAGUGCACGCAGUCGUGCCUCCGCAGCGACCCUUAAAUCGAAGAGGUCCAUUUCCCAGGAGAGUGUUCGCUCGAAUGCCACCAUCAAAUCGAACGUAACAGUGGCCUCCAGAAGCACCGCGGCCUCGAAGAGAUCAGCAGUUAGUCGCAAGUCACAGAUGAUGGAAGUGAUGCCGCCACCAACUCACUUGCAGGAUCAAAGGGAGAAGCAACAGGUGCCACAGCAAACUGCCUAUGAAGGUUACACCCCACUGACCGAGAACGAGAGAAGUGCUGCCCUCCAGGAUGCCCACUUCAAGUACGGCAAACUCGUCGAGGAGUACAAUCAUCUCCCCGUUUCGGAGCCAACUUUGCGUGUGCGCAAUCGAAAGAUCGCCAUCGAACGUCAGCUGGAUGAACUGGACUACGCCAUCAACAUGUUCGAUCAGCCCCAUCUCGAGAUGUACUACAAAAAAUGAUGAUCACACCCCCUUAUUGUUAAUCGUUUCAAAUAAUGUUGACCAGUUGCCACAAAAACCAUUGAAAACAAAGGAAUGCAACUCCAAACAAAAGGGUAACAAUUACAAAAAUCUAAGCAAAUUAUAACAAAUGAUAAAAAUAUUGAUGAAACAAGAAAAGAAUGGAACCCAAAGUAACAGAGUAAGCCCAACCCAAAAUGGAUCGAAAAACCAGCACAAAAGCUAUGGCUGAAGUUUUAAAUUUUUACAAAAUGGAACAAAAGUUUCGAAAAUAUUUACGCUCUAUGAAAAAAAAAAAAAUAAAAAAUUAAAUAUGCAAAGGAAGCGUGAAAAUUUCGAAACCGGUUGAUAAAAAAAAUGGAUACAAAUACAACUGGAAGUUUCGCGUUUCGACCUCGACGGCGUUCAGAAAAAAAUUCAACCAGUAACUGUCACAAAACCAAAUACAAAUUAAAUUUCAAAGUGGCAUAAGAUUUCAAUAGAUUAA